GCGAGGGGAAACACAAUCCAGAAACGAGAUGGACCCAUACAAGAUCACACUCCCACACGGUCAUCAUACAGCUAAUUGAGACUGUUCAAGGUCCAUGUCGAACGUUCAUCUCAUCCAAGAAUGUCCUUUUAUAUUUGUGGAAUACCAACGAGUGUCAAUUGUCAUCCUUUUGGGUCUGAUUGUAUUGUGGCGCUACUCAUUGGCGUAUCUGUGGGUAAAGUGUUCAAGUCAACCCCUACAGACAAAGCCGGUUCCCUUCUAUAAGCCUCUCUCUCGUCAGGACACUUAUUUUUCCGCCCACGCUCUCUCUUUCUUAGUCUUUCAUACUCGCAAGAUCCACCUUGCACUUCCUCGUCCAAGCAGGCAGUGUUAGAGUUUCUGGGAAGACUGGUUUUGUGGGUGGAAGAAACGAAAAAAAUCUGCUUGUAAUCGCCAGAGACUCCACAGCACAGAGUUGACUGCCUCAGAUGUCUGGGACAAGUGCGGGAGGGAGGCCUCAAAUAUUGAGAUGCUCAGAUACUCGUUCUUUCACAUCGUCUCUCUUCAGUGGUCAUAC